AAAAUAACAUGGUUCGAGUGUCGUUUACUUCAAGAUCUGGCACCAUGACUUUAGAUGAAAAUGAAAACGAAAAAAAUGAAGUUUCUGCAUCUGAUCUUCUAGACGAAAGACAAACCGAUUGGAGGUCAAUGUGGAUUUCCAUAUUUUUACAGUUUGUUGUAGGAAUUCAAGUUUCUGUGUACUACAUGUCAAUGUGGCCUUAUCUACAAAAACUGGACAAAACAGCUGAUGUUGACUUUCUUGGAUGGAUUGUGGCUUCUUGUAAUAUUGGGUCAACUAUUUCAAACCCAAUUUAUGGAUAUUGGAAUCAAAAAACCAUGUCAGUAAAAAUGCCCGUCAUCAUUGGGUUUAUGAUUGCGGCAUUAGCACAAACCUGGUACGGUCUCUUAUCGAUUUUCCCGCAUGCAAAAUGGUUCAUGCUGUCUGCAAGAGUGUUAACUGGAUUUGGAGUAGGCAAUAUUGCUGCAUUGAGAAUUUACGCAGCAACUGCUUCAACACCAAGAGAUAGAAUGAAAGCGAUUUCAUAUGGAACAGGAGGGUUCGUUCUAGGAAUUUCGUUUGGACCUGUGUUUUCGGCAUUUUUCACACCGAUUGGGGAGAAUGGUUGGAAGCUUGGAUCUGUUUCUAUUGAUAUGUUCACUGUAGUUGCAUUCUUGAUGGCAAUCGUUUGUUUGGCAGCGUGUGUAAUCGUUCAAUGUUUCUUCAAAGAAAAUUAUGUGGGAAUCAUUGAUAAAAAUGAAUCAGAUUCGAAUGUUGUAAUUCCAAAGUAUGAUCUAGCAGGUGCAUUGACAUGUAUUUAUCUGUUCAUGAUUGUAAAUAUUAUUGCCACUAAUGUUGAAGUAAUGUCCACUCCUUUAACAACUGUAUUGUAUAAUUGGAAGGAUAGUCAAUCGAUUUUGUACAAUGGAAUUGCGCUCUGCUGCAGCUGUAUUGUUUCAGUGACACUCAACAUCCUUCUUGGAUCAACUCGGAUCGGAAAACUAGACAAACGAAUCCAAAUGCUCAUUGGACUUGGUUUCUUCCUCCUUUACCAAGUGUUCAUGUAUCCUUGGGGAUUCUAUUCAGGACCAUUGGAUUAUCUUCCUGAUGGUAAAGAUACUGAUGUGGCAGGAGGUUGUUAUCAGAGUUAUAAGUGGUGCCAAUGGACGACGAGAGUUCCAUUGCCAGUUUAUUUGAUUUGUUUUAUUGUUUUCUUUGGAAUAGCUUUUCCGUUUGUGGAAUCACCUUCCGCUGCUCUCUAUUCAGAGAUUUUGGGCCCAAGAAAGCAAGGAAAUAUGCAGGGAUUGUUUUCUUUAGGUGGAAGUUUAGCUCCCGUUAUUGGAUCUUUGAGUUCAACAGCCUUGUUCCAAGCUAGCGGUUUCCGAUACGUAAUGGUGUACCAGGCUGUGGUUCUAGUCAUUGGAGCAUUGUUGAUUGGAGUGUUCUACAAGAGAUUGGUGCCGCUGAAGUUGAAAUCAAUUAAGAAGAUCUAAUUGAUAUUGUUGUUUCAGAUUAAUCGUUGAAAAAUAUAAAAUGAAUAUUUGUUGGGUUAA